AUGCCGAAUACGCAGGUCUAUUGCACGCCCAACACCGAAUUCCUCGUGCUAGAUACGCGUACACCGUCGACUUCUUUCGUGAAGGAUUUCUCUCUUUCGAGGAAGGGGGAAGAGAAUGAGACUGGGCCUAGGCCUGGACCUGAACCUGAUGUGUUGAUUCGAGACGUGAACGAUCUUGAUGCUGGGUUGGAUGAAGCCCCCGCUGUGCAUGUGUCUUCUCUCGGUGUGAGGCCUGUCACACCGAGCCCUGAAUCUAUCACCGAGUCUUCUGAACCACUUGAGCAAGACUCGCCAGAUAUGGCUCUUCUGGGCACACUCCUCAAUCCACGUGCCGAGUCACCCUCACCCUCACUCCCCGACGCGGAAAGUCCCUCUGCCGCCUCGAAUUCGGAGAGUAUUAUCGUGCAGAAUGAGUUGCAUCGGGACGGGUUUUUGGGUGAUGAUAUACUUCCUGAUCCGUUUUUGGGGGAAUUGGAGCUGGAUAGUUCGCCUUUCCAGGAUCGGAUUCAGGAGCUGGAUCUGGAUCUGAACGAACAGGAUUCCGAUCAAUUUAGUUCUACUCUCGGGAGCCCGGAUCGAAAGAGCGGCGGAUCACCUCAAGUUCUCGGAACAUUUCUCCCACGCAAAAGAUCUGCAAAGGCUGCUUCAUUGCCGGAUUCAGUAACAGACUCGGAGAGAGGGUACAACAGAGGCAAAAAGCUCGUCGCAGCACCUAGCCUUCCUUCGACACCCUCCCCGAUCAAACACUCUCACUCUACCAGUUCCAACUCCAACUCGAAUUCGAACUCCGAUUCCAACCAGCGCAGCUUGAUCCCUCGUCCUCGUUCCCAUCUCGGCCAUGGCCAGUCUCGUUCUGAGUCGAGCAAGGGCUCGCUGCCCCUCUCGCAAUCCCCCUCGCAAUCCCCCUCGCUAUCGAGAGGCAAAUCCGCGCCUAUUAUCGAGGCCGACUUCCGCCGAUUCGAGAAUGAUAUCUCGCCGCUGUUCAAGGAGAGCAGAACCAACAAAAAGAGAGAGGAUAAGGACGUGAGUCUGGAUCGUCGGGUAUUGAAGCAUAACGAUGGAAGUUCCAUUAUACGCUUGUCCACGCGAUCCCCUGUCACACCUUCCAAAUCCAGUCAUCAGGCUCGCGACGCAGUUUCUCGGUCCCAGUCUGAUCUGGAGAAGCUUUCCACCGUUGCAACUAUUGGGAGUCCGUGUGACUUCACAGGUCUGCCGGGAGAUUCGGACGAUCUAGACAAUGCGGACAAUGCUUCUUUCAGUGUUAGCCCUGGCCAGUCCGGUGCUGCUGUUCUCGUGCAACCACUGCCCAUUUGGAUCACGGAUAACAAUUCCACGGGUGAGAGCGAAAAGGAACCAGAACCACGCCUUGCCUUCACUGCGGGGAGGUUUCAUAUAGUCACACCUUCUGGUAUGGAACCCGCUGUGUAUCAGGUCAAAAUCACCCUCUCAGUGCCGCUACAGGAUGGUCGACCUGGUUGGCGUGAACUCCUCGUUCCUGGCUUGCCGCGAUUGCCGCCAGACGAACAUGGCUAUGUGUACUUUGUCGUUCCGCAGAAUAUCGGCUUGGAAUUCCGUACAAGCCAUUUGAAACGAUACAAGAUCGUUGAAGGUUGUCUCAUGGGCCAGAUGCUAAUAUCAUCUCGGCUAAUCCUACCCCUCCGACCCUGCCAUUCAAAUUUCUUUGGUUAUCUCAAGGAUUUCAACGUCGGUCAAGAAAUCGACGAGGAUAUUUUGUCAGACAACGAAUCAUUUCGUCUCGUCAGAUAUCACGCCACCUGUUCGAUCAAUCUCAUCCAAACCGAUUUCUGGGCCGAAAGGUGUGGCCUUUGGCUUUAUAUCCAUGGCGGCCCUCAGGGGGAGUUUUGCUGCUCGUUGCUGAAACCCGGCUAUCAAGAUAUCCAUCUCCAGCACCUGGGCAAUGGCAAUACAAUCGGUGUUUCUAGGGUGGAGAUCUUAGCUAGUCGAUCGAACCUCGAUAAGUUUGCCAUCACGUGGGAGGUGAAAAUUGCCAAAGGAUUGCGGAUCAGGAUACCUCGUAUCAGAUCGAACGAGUAUAGCGAGGCCGGCGUUGAGGACGAACUGCGUGAGGACGUUGCUCAGAUGCAAGAUCGCGAAUCUGUCAAAGCCGAAGCAAUCUACAAGGGCUCCGGGGUGAAAUUCCUCCUCACUAGCCCAAAGGAAGAACCAACUUCUAUCCCUUCUACCACUCUGCAGAGUAGCAAGCCACGAAAUCGCUGGUUAAAGUGGUUGAAGUACAUUGAUUACGCCUUUGACCCAUUCCGCAUCUGGUAUUCGAUCAUGAUUUUCCGGGAGUACUGGGCGCGCUAUCAAAUGGGGGCCCCAUUUCCCUUUCUCAGAAGACAAUUCCCCGAGGUUUGGUGUGCGGGCGGAGAUCCGGAACAUCAUUGGCACCUCUAUACCCCCGUUCAUCCCGAGGUCAAACGCAUAGCUGAUGCCGUAGCUAAAGCGGGAGUUAAGGAUGGUGAGUAUCAAAUCUCUUGUGCGAUAGAAGGGGAUCCGCCUGUCCUGCACGACUGUUCCAUCGUCAUUUUGCCUGGUGUUGAUGAUCAACGAGAGGGAGAUGAUCACAUCUUGGUUCAUAUGGAGGAGUCUGUUUCUGAGACGAUGAAUGAGAAUGAGAAUGAGGCUGAGAAUGUCUCGGGUAUCGAACCUGUGUCUAUGCGUCUGCGGGAUAGAAUUGAUUACUUCCUAGGAUGGAAGGGACCGUUGGUUCCCCGGGCCCUUUAG